AUGGCAUCGUCAACUACAGCAGCACCAACAAGAGCAGCAGCAUCGCUCCAACAACAGCAACAACAACAAAACGCGGAGGAAGAGCGACUGGCUCUGCUGUCACUGUUGAAUGAUGUGGUGUCGCAUCUGCCCAACAAUCGAGAGGAAGCCGUCAAGAUGAUCAUUCCGUGGUUGGGCAUGUUGGUGUGGCCUCUGAUAGUGUCUCUUCCUCUACUGCUGUCAUCUAGCUGGAGUCCUAUUUCCUAUCAAGAUUUAUUUCCAGCCGAAUGGUACGAGUACAAUCCCAUGAAUCCAAGCGAACGUCCCAAACCACUCGGGCUGUUUCUAGGCUUUGUGGCUGUGGCCAUUGGUAAUGCCUUUGUCAUUGGGUUUGCCUAUCUGUACAAGUUUGGCUACUUGUCUGCCGUGCGCGGCCAAGAACCACCGCUGAUUCAACGACGCCUCUUGGCAAAUGACUAUGAGUUUAUGGAGGCCGUCAAGGCGCAUCUCUUUCAACCCGAAGGAUUCGUCUUGUUGGGGAUCUACUUGGCGUCCAUGUGGAUGUUCAAACUCAUGCCCAAUUCCUACUACAGUUUUGAAGGAGGCAUUCAAUGGAGAGAGACAUUUCUCUGUUUGGUCUUGCAAGAUGGUUUCCAAUUCAUUAUGCAUCGACUCGAACACGCACUCUCACCGCGACUCUACCAAUUGUCACACAAACCCCAUCAUCGAUUCAUCAAUCCCAAAAUGUUUGAUGCCUUUAAUGGAUCGCUCGCCGAUACCAUUCUCAUGAUCCUCACACCACUCUAUCUGACAUCCAAUGUCAUGCGGACGUGCAAUGUUUGGACGUACAUGGCGUUUGGAUCGACGUACUCGUGCUGGUUGACCAUGCUCCAUUCCGAAUACGUAUUGCCAUGGGAUGGAUUGUUCAAACGAUUGGGAUUUGGAACUCCUGCCGAUCAUCAUGUUCAUCACAGUAUCUUCAAGUACAAUUACGGACAUUUAUUCAUGUGGUUUGAUAUCGUCGCAGGAACAUACCGAGAUCCCAGAGAUCUGGCGCCCAAAUUGUUCAACCCGCAUGUAUGA